AUGAGCCAAGUGUCUCUGGCAAGACGCUGCUGCAUCCAGUCCCAGGCCCAGUUUGCUAAGUGAUAGAAAAAGUAAUUAAGACAAGGCUGCUCAAGUAGAUAGGCCUGUAAAGGAGAUUUGAAGAGGGGAACUGAUUGUGCAUGUAUGAUUCCGCUUCUUCAGAGGGUUCUCAGCCCCAAGGCUUAGCUUUCAAGGGCCGCCUCUCUCUCUUUCUCCAUCUAUCGAUCUGUCUCCUGCUUUAGAAACCGUCAGACACAGUGAUAGCUGAAUGUAGGACUGGAAACAAUCAAUUUAUCCAUCAAUCAAGUCAAUCUAUCUAUCUAGUUGCUUAAUUUUCAUUUCACAAAUAACUUGAAGGCAGACGUUUUCAUUUUACAUAACAUAUAUUAGAUGCACUAUGAUUUCUGCAGCUAUGAAACAUAUUUUUGCAAUUAAUAAUUUCGUCUUAACAGUUCUCUGGCAGUGUGGGUAUAUGUUACGAUUUUAAUCAAUUUAAAACAAGUGCGACUUAUUUUAUCCGCUUGCGACAUCCACCGGAGAAACUGGAGCGUUGGUAUUGCAAGUUACAAAAAGAAAUUCUGUCUCCAACCCUCAACGACUUCACCAGCGACCCCUGCUGGUCGGAAACGGAACCACUAUCUGGGAUGAAUGUGCAUAACUUCAUACAGAUAUUAACUUAAUCUGGUAUACUUUUUGUGGCAAUGCAAAACAUUUAGGCCCACUUUAAUUCUGUAAAUGAGAAAUAAACAAACUGUAGACAAUAGGAAUAUGUUAUGGUGGAAAUAUAGUCUAUACAUGACAAUCACAACAGUCAGUUACGACAGUUUUAUCUCAAUCGGUACACAUUAAAAUCUGUCAUACAUAUCUUAUUAAAAAUGUUACUGUAACUACUUGACCCUGCGGUCUGAGAAAACCCGCAUCUGUCACGCGUUCCUUCGCUGUCGUAAAGCGUGUCUUUCUGCUGUUGCAAUGGCGUUUGCUGCGACAGCACUUUGCGGCAGCAGGGAAAUCGAGGAGAAAGCAGCGAAAAACGUCGCCAGCGGAGACCUUAUUGCCUCACAAAUCCCUGGAUUUAUGUAAUAUUCGCCGAACUACCCUGUAUACUGCUCGUAUACUCAUUCGCCUUGUGGAUGAGAUUGUGUUCAACGUUUUCCAAGCGUAAAUCUCCACCUUAAUGCGGUGGGAUGGCCACAGUGCCGCCUGGGCCUAGUAGCGCACUGCCUGCAUCCCCGGCUGAAAUUCCUCCUUUCCCCGGGGCUGGGAGCGCGGAGCCGGCGGGGCAAGACGGGGAGCCGGCCUGCCACGGCGAGGACAGUGCACCUGACCUCCCGGGGAAGACGUCUCAGCCCGUAAGCGCAGUCAAAGCGUCGGUGAAGAAGAAGCAGAAAAACAUGCUAGCGCGAGCUAGCCCGGCGCCGCUUCACCUCAAAAUGCAAGCCCGAGAGCAGCAGCUGAACGGCUUGGCCAGCCCCUCGGAGGACACCGACGGCCACCAGCACGCAGGAAGCCGGCCCGGCGACCCGAGAGCGUCCGUAGACAACUGUGACAGCAGCGGCAGCAACGAGGGGGACCUGGCCAGCAACAAUAGUGAGCAUUGUCAACACGAAGGCCACAGCCCCUUCUCCAAAAACGGCAGCCACUCGCCCCUGGUUAACAAUAGCAUGAACGGGAUGCCGGGUUUCACGCGGACUGAAGCCGCCCACGGUCACCUCGAGGAGGAAGGGAAAGCGGGGUUCGACCACACGGAACCGCCGAGGCCACCGAGCGACGAGCCGCCGGACGGGGCCGGGCCCGGCGUGGAGGACGGACCCGCCGACCCGCGGCAGCCGCCGGCCGCGGAGCUGGCCCGGCUGGAUCUAAGCAGGUCGCCCGGCCGAGCGGGGGAGGAGAGCUACGGGAUCCGAUAUGUGCGCUACGAGUCCGAGCUGCAGAUGCCGUGGAUCAUGAGACUGAUCACCAAGGACUUGUCUGAGCCUUAUUCAAUUUAUACGUACAGGUACUUCAUCCACAACUGGCCACAGCUCUGCUUUCUGGCCAUGGUGGAGCAGGAGUGCGUCGGAGCCAUUGUGUGUAAGCUUGACAUGCACAAGAAGAUGUUCCGUCGCGGCUACAUUGCCAUGCUGGCCGUGGACUCGAAGCACAGAAGGAAAAGCAUCGGUACCAAUCUGGUGAAAAAGGCCAUCUACGCCAUGGUGGAGGGGGACUGUGAUGAGGUCGUAUUGGAGACUGAAAUCACCAACAAAUCAGCCCUGAAACUGUACGAGAACUUGGGUUUUGUCAGAGACAAGCGGCUGUUCAGAUACUACCUGAACGGAGUGGACGCGUUGCGGCUCAAACUGUGGCUCCGCUAGAGGAAAGAAGAGGGAACCGGGAGGACGGGACAGCAGGUGCUGUUCACCUCGAACACUGUCGGCCUGACAGCCACAGCUCUGCCCUGCUCAUUUCACUCUUCAUUAUUCAGAAACACACACUCACACAGUACAAACACACACCUGUGUACAAACAGUUGGACUAUGCACAUAGGUAUGCAUAGACAAACAAACACACACCCUUUUUGUCUUUGACCUCUGAACAACUGUUGCUUAGGCAGAAAGACUGAACCCCCACCCGACCCGAUGUUUUCACGAAGGGGCCCUCCAUGGUUUGUGUGCUGAGAAAGUGGUGAGUGAGGGUGGUCUCUAGGAUGACCUUGACUGGGGACUAGAUGACCUUUUGACCUUCAAGCUAGAAUGCUGCAUCACCCUAGACCUGAGGUGUGAGGCAGCUCAGGUGAGGACGUGCUUUGAAAGCCAAGAGGACACAGAACCACAUGUCCUGCUCCAGAACCUGGGACAAACAGGACUAAAGUUAUCACAAUGUUAAACAAGGAAGUGGCUCUAAAAACAGACUGGGAAGUAAAUAUUUGUGUAGUUUAUUUUUGUGUUUCUUUUUUAACCUUGUAAGUUGGAUGGAGGUUGGAAAAAGCUAUAGUAUGGCUGCGUGUCUGUGCCGCCUCAUGUUUCAUCUUAUUUUUUUUUCUGUCUGUCUGUUGUUGUUUUUUUUACCACAAGGACUUGGCUUGUUUUCGUGUGCACGUGUCCGUGGCGUGGUCGGUCCCGCUUUGAAGCGUCACGUCUGCGCGAGUGCGUGAGCGCAUGCUUCGGCAGGAUUCGCUGUGUUUUUCUCUCCCCGUCCUGUCCGGCAGGUGCGGCGGCCGCCCCGCUGCUCGUUCCCCAUCGCCUGCCUCCGCCUCCAGGACUGAAGCCUGUAAAGAUAUGCAUGCAUGGUUUUAAUGCGAGCGCUAGCGAGUGUGCCGAGAACCCGGCGAGGCCGACGCCUGGGGCCGACCCUCCAACCACUUCACUCUGAUUGUCAUGAGCAGUUAAUCCAAACAGUCACUUUAAUAUCACCUCAAUCUUUGCCCAACUGCAGUAUGUGCCACUUUUUUGUUUUUUUGCUAAGUCCAUCAUCAAAGCCUGACACAGUGUAGUUGAAGACUUUAUUAUUUUUAUUUUUUUUUUAAUUCCUGGUUUUGCAGAUCAGAACCUUUCCCUAAAUGCACUGCCAACUGCUGCAAACCUCCUAAAAAGGAGGAAAUGGAGUCUCUCGGAGCGACUCUUUGCCAAUUAUGGUGCAGUCACGUGUACUAAUUGUCUCAGUUUACUCCUCGACAUCUCUCUCUCUGCCAUGACUGCAGUGACAUACGGCAACAGGCCAGAGGCAAAGUGUUCAAUAUGCUGGAUUCCUGUUUGUGUGUGCGAGUGUGUGUUUAUCUCACGAUAAAAAAAAGAGAAAAUAGACAAAUAUUCUUAGCAGAUUAUAUUUUAUUCUUUUGUUUGCUUUCAGUUUCUUUAGUUCUGCUAUACUGUAUGUCUUCAUGCUGCUAAAAGCGGCUGAGUUCACAGUGCACUUCCCAGGUGCCCAGCUCAAUGCACAACCGACUCUGGUACCACAUCAUAGAUGCGCCCAGACAUUCUCAAUCCACACUAAUUCUGGCGAAACGCAAUGUUGCUUCAGUUUUUGCUUUUUUUUCCCCCAUCAGAGUAUAAAUGAUCAAAAUGUCACUUGUUUGGAAACGACUGCAGCGUGUGUGUGUUUGUGUGUGUGUCCUGUUGUUUUGGCAGUUUUGUGCAUAUGGUCAGACCGAUUUCCCUGCUGUCAGAGGGCCCACAUGGGAGAAUCAGAAGCUUUAUGAUGCUGUGUUCUGUUCCACUUUAAUAAGAAGCAAAGGUCUUAUUAGUAAUAGGAAGAAACGAAAGCACACUUUCUUUCAAGCUUCCCAGGUUUUAAGUUGGUGGAUAAUGCGCAGAUUAGAGCGAGUAUUGAGUCAGCUUGAUUUAUCCAAUUGGAAUCCGACAACAAUCCCCCCUCACAGGCUGUAAAUGCCUUUUUUUUGUUUUCUAGUAGCAUUUCAACUUAUGCAAUCCUACAUCUGCAUGCGUUCAUCCCGCCUACAGUAUUCUCCGCUCGGAAGCGCCGCUGGAGCCUCACCGCAGUAACAUCUGCUGCACCUGUAGAACAACCGAACGUCUCCAGCUUCGGGCGUUGUAAGGAUUUAAUGCUUGUUUGGUUCUUUUCACCCUUUUCACCAGACGCAUUUCAGGACUGGAAGGGAGAGUAGAUGUUUACAGAGUUAUCACCCACAAAACAGCCUGUGUAUGCAAGUCUCUGUGUGCAUUUGGAACAAUGGAUCAGAUACUGUUGUUGUUGUUGUUGUUGUUUGAAUGUUUUUUUUUGUUUUUUGUUUUUUUUUUCUUUUCAGAUUUGUAUAAGAGUGUUGUUCUACUUCGCAUACAUUGAGAGCAUGUUUUUCUUUUAUUGAAUCACCUGUUGGUAACGGGGGCGGUUUAGGUUGAUUUGAAUUCAAAACGUUUAAUUUCUGUGCUACUUAAGCCCAUCCAGAGGUGAAACUAAACGGCAGCAUACGAAAACUCUAGACCCUGAAAUGUCCGCCAUCGUCUCUGCUGUUCAUAGAAUACAAUUAUCAUCCAUUUGAGGUUUAGACCGUCUGUCCUUGUUUUGGACGCUAAUCUCCCCCAUUUCUGUGCCCCUUGCUUUGUCCAGGCCUUUUGUAUUAGUUUGUACACUCUCCAAUGAGUGGAUUGGACGUUUACAUCACCACUAAAUAACCUGACUCGUUCGUUUUAAAACCAGUCGCCACCAGGAGAAGUCGUUGGACUGAAGGAGAAGGUUUGGGAUCUUACGUUUACUUUGCAUCCUGUGAAACUCAGCUCCAUUAGGUGUAUGACCACAGACCGAAGGGCUCCGUCAUCAGUACCAGUUAUUCCGCGACCCGACCUGCCAGUUUAGUGUUCAGACGUCCGUGUUCUGGGCGACCGCUGUGCAAUCCAGGUAGCUCCAACUUCACCCCCCCCCCCCCCCCCUUAUCCGACACUCAUGAUUUCCCACAGACGCUGGCUUGCUGGUCAGAUACCCAACAUUUAUUGUGGCUGCGGCCCCUGAUCUGAUCUAACGAGCAUGCCAACCGCUGACACCCCCCCCAUCGUUGGGUCGGCAGACACCGCCUCCAGCACCAUCCACGAACACGAAGUGUCCAAAGGGGCGAGCAAAAGGACUUUUUGCAUGUCAGAAUUCUAUUUCCCCUUGUUCCUCUUCCUUGUCCCCUCUCUUGAUUUUGAUCUGGAAAUGUCCAAAUAGCUUUUAUUUAAUGUGGAAAAAGAACACAGAAAUAAAUUAUUUGAUUUUUUUAAUGCUGUAAA